AUGGGGGAAUCAGCUCCCUUGCGUCCUGAGUUCGGGUUCCGAUUCAAUGGAGGGUUGGGCCGCGAUCAACAGGCCAGACAUGCCGCACAUCGAAACGGACUCGGGGUACGUAUAGGAGGACUCACGCAUGGGCUCAUAUAUGGAGUGGGCUCGAGCGUGGGUCGCGGGGUGGAAGGGCUUCGGUCGAGUGGGCCAACGGGGACGGAGGAAAAUAGUAGUGGUGCUGCUGAGAGUUUCGGAGCCGGCGCGGUUCAAGUUCAUGAGACGGCGGGAGCUAGGAAACUCAGGCGAUUGAUAGAGGAAGGGAGCCGAGAGGGAUCGGGGGUUUUGGACAAACUCCUAGCUCGAGCUGCUUCUGAAAGGAGGGAGCUAAAGUGCGUUGCUAUUUGGGAUGGAUUGGGUCGUAUAUGGGGGAAAUGGCAUGAGAGCCAAUUUUGCAUUGGUACGCCCAUUUCUUAUACUUACGUACUUAGCAUGGAUGGAGGCAUGUAUGGAGAACUUUAUUCCAUGCAUGGGAAGUUGUUUUUGAAGAAAGGAAGUGGGGAGUCGGGCAAUAUUUGGCCACUGUGUGGGAGGACGGUCACCUCAAGCAAAGGAAAGUUCGAGUGGUGCGCUAAGAAGGGCUCAACGGCGUUUGGAGAGUCCAGUGAUAAAGGGUUGGUUCGGGUACCCGAGCGUAAUUGGAAGUUCCGUAAACGAGGGCGGCAUCAACGAACAUCCGUUUUAUUCGCUAUCGUCAACAACUUUUUCGUCGAUCCUGGUUGA